AUGUAUUUUUUUAAUAGUGCCGGCAUAAUGCUUACUUAUUUCACCAUAAACUACGGUCUUGGCGCCUACAUUGCCACUUACUGCAUUUUAUUUGGAAUUGGAAUGGGGAUUCCCUACUCUGUGAUUUUCCAAGUCGCGUCCUCCUGGUUCCCUGCCCAUCGAGCUACGGUAGUGGGUAUAAUUGCGUCGGGAUUCGGAUUAGGAGCGUUAGUUUUCACGCCAAUCCAGACUAGAAUUAUUAACCCAAACGAUCAACAGCCAAUAAAAGGAAUGUAUCCACCUGAGGUCGUAGAGAGGAUUCCUCGCGCAUUUCUCGUUCUUGGUGGGCUAGUUCUUGGUCUUGAAAUUACGGGGUUGCUUUUAAUGCGAACGUGUCCCGACUCCCGCGUCCAAGACAAGUUGAAGCGAGCCAGGGAAGACAAUUCCAAAUGCGACACCCCACCUGUUGAACAGGAAAGUUUGUCUAUCAUGGAGGCCAUCAAAUGUGUGGAUUUCUAUAUUUUAUUUGGCGUAGUCUUCUGUGACGUCAUACCAAUCAGUCUCCUCACAUCCACUUUUAAGGUGUACGGGAUCGACAGUGGCCUUAAGGAUAAAUACCUAUCUGACAUUGCAACAACCUGCGCCGCCUUCAAUUGCGUAGGCCGAGUUGUUUGGGGCUCGCUCGUUGACCACUGUUCGUCUAAGUGUCCUCUGCUCUGGCUUCUCCUUCAAUGGGGCCUCCUGUUUGUGUCCUAUCCCUACGUCGCCGCUGGGCCCGCAGGCCCCUACCUAUACGCCAUCUGGAUCUUCGCAAUCUUUUUCACCCUCUCCGGUCACUUUGUCAUCGUACCUGCUGCAUGUACACGCAGUUUCGGACCAAAAAACAUGGCCACAAUCUACGGCUUGGUGUAUGCUGCAACGGUACGUCAAUGCCGCUAA